CUUUGAAUAUUUUCAAUGAUAAUCAAGUAGUUACAAGUAAAAUUGCGGUAUACAACGCAAAAUAUAAAAAUUUAAGUGAUAUAAAUCGUCAAUCAAUUCAUAUUCUGAAAAACGAUUCGGAAUCAUGUUAUUCAAAGCGGAAUCGAGUGGGUCUACAAAAGCCAAAAACACAUUCCAGGCUUGUGAACUAGAAAGGCAAGAAAUAGACUAUACGGAUUGUUCAAAGCGGUUUCAAGAAGUUGCCAGAGACUUUUCGAAACAAUAUGCUCAUAUAUAUUCGGCUAGACUAAAUACUUUCAGAAAUAUCUUGACUCCAAUAGUUCGAAAGAAGUGGUCGGAUCGUCAUAAGAUUUUGAAGUUGUGUGAACUUCGUGAUAAAGGUACAACAUGUGUAAUAAUCGGAACCCUUUUUAAGUUUCAAGAACUGAAACCUAGUAUCCUGAAAGAGUUAUCUGAUCAAUUGGAGAUUAUACCACAAGCUCCCAGAACGCAUUUUGUACAUGAUACUGAUAGUCUAGUAUUAGAAGAUGAGCUUCAAAGAAUAAAACUGGUUGGCGAGUGUAUUGAUGUCCACAGUGUUGUGACUGGUGUGGUCUGUGCUUUGUUAGGAUCUGAGGAUGAAGAUGGAAUAUUCACAGUCCAAGAUGUUUGCUGGGCCGGUUGUGGUAUACAGAAACCAUUACCAAAAUUGAGUUCGGACAAAUACAUAGUUCUCAUUUCCGGUUUAAACACAUCGAAGACAGCUGAGCAUAUCUUCUCAUUGCAUCUGUUGAUGGAGUGGUUGUCUGGUUUAUCUGGUACAUCUGAAUAUCAAGAGGAAGUUUCAAAAAUUGUCAGGGUUAUUGUUGCAGGUGGAAUGUUAGCAAGCCAGACAAACGAAAGUACAGAAAAUGAGUCUGAUUUUAUUGCUGCAGUAGAGUUAAUGGACUCUUUAGCAGCAACUUUGAGUGCAGUGGCACCUCUAGACCUCAUGCCCAGUAGCAAGGAUCCAACUGGAAUAAUGUUGCCACAAAAACCUUUUCAUUAUUGUUUGUUCCCUAAAGCUGUUGAAUACAAAUCCUUCAAUCGAGUAACUAAUCCUUAUGAAUGUUAUAUUGGAGGCUUCACAUGUUUGGGUACUUCAGGGGAACCAAUAAAAGAUAUUAUGAGGUAUAGCAAGCUUGACAAUACUUUAGAAGUAAUGAAGAAAACACUGCUAUGGAGGAACAUUGCACCAACUUGCCCAGACACAAUACCAUGUACACCUUGCACGGAAACUGACCCUUUUAUUAUAUACAACUGUCCAGCUAUUUACUUCUGUGGCAAUUGUCCAGAAUUUGCUACUGAUCUAUAUGAAGGAGAGAAUGGCCAGCGCACUAGGCUUGUGUGUGUACCAAACUUUUGUGAUUCAAUGACUGUGGCCUUAAUAAACUUAGCAAAUCUGGAAUGUUACAGCAUGAAGUUUUCAUAAUUUUUUAUUGUAUUGAGAAAUAAAAUGCACAUAUUAAAUAU